UAGUGCCUGCUACUCAACCACAGACCUAAUUGUAAAACGUCAUUGUUAACAUAUAGUUAAGAUGGGUUUCUUUCGGCCAACUCCAAAGUUCCUAUUUCUGUCCUUCCUGAUACUGAGCACUGGAGCCGCCUAUAUGUACAUGUACGUCAGCAACAACGGAGUCGAACUAUCACCUAAAGUCAGUGAAGAAAUAGUAAUUGGUGCCUUGGCUGGUGAAAAAGAAAAUUGGGACAGCUUAGCGGAAGCCGAGAAGGAACAGUCCCGCAGACUCGCCACGUUAAAGGCGUACUGUGAGAAGAACUCGGUGGAUCCAUCGCAAACCCAAGUUAAAAGUCAUCUAGUGUUUCUUGAAAAUAUCCAAACGGCCUACUGCUAUGUCCCCAAAGCUGGGUGCACAACCAUGAAAACGUUAUUCUACAAUCUGGAGCACAAUAAAACUGAACGGUCGAUCAGUAUUAGUCAUGCUGAAUUUUUCAAGAACAAAGAUAGCUACACGGCUCGUCACGAGCACACGCGUAGAUGGAUCCAUUUGCAGCGGUUUAAAACAUUGGGGAGCUACAGCAAGGAAGAAGCAAGUCUGCGCCUCGCGACCUACAGGAAGAUCAUCGUUGUCCGCGACCCGUUGGAGAGGUUGGCGUCUGCGUGGAUCAACAAAUUCGUUGAGAUGCCAAAAAUUGGACGCGAUUUUUGGUGGACCAUGGAACUAAAUCAUGGUCUGAGAACAUACCGAGAGCGCAACCGACCAGACAAGUCAAGCAAAAGCAAAGUGAAGGAAGAAGGGACAUUCAACGACACAAAACCAGUGUCUUUCAGAGACUUCCUUUUUGCAGUUUCGAAGAAGGUGUUUGACAAUGAGCACUGGAUAUCAAUCAACAGGCUCUGCCUACCAUGCCAGAUUAACUACGACUUCAUAGCCCACACGGACACGGUCGCCUCAGAUGUUCGACUUUUCCUAAAGAAGAACAACAUCACAGCGAAUGAAGACAUUCUGCCGGAACAGCGGCCGAGACAAGCUAACGAUGACAAUGUUUUCGGGGGCAUUUACGGCCAAGUCCCGAUACAAGACAUACUGCCUCUCCGGGACAUCUUCCAGGAGGACUUUGACAUGUUUGGAUACUCCUUCGAACAGGAUUUGGCAAAGAUACGAGAAGGAAAGGCAAAGGCAAAAGGGUAGUCGAGAAAGCCUCGUCUUGGUUCAGGAAUUGUUCUCCUCUGGCAUGCUAGCAGCGCAAAAGCAACAUAUCUUUUGGCAAGUCCCGAUAGAAGCACAUGUACUUGUAAUUUAACACAUUGGACGACGAUUUAGCAAUGGUACAUGGACAGUCUGGAAAGUUUCGUCUAGUAGAUAAAGCAAGUUACAUAAUAAGACAGGAAAAAUGUUUAAUGGUCAAAAUGCUCUAAAUUCAUUACGUAGCUUAUGACUAACCUGUUGAAAGCUCUAGGUGAUCUACUUCUUGUGUUGAUCACAAGUUUUAACUUCAAACAUGCA